GUUAAAUUAUCAGGAAGUGAAGGUUUUCGCGGAGAUGUUUACCAAACUAUCUUAGGUCGUUACUAGGUACCUUUUGCUAUAUAUUGUAUCACAUUAGGGGCGUCGCUAAUUUUCAGAAAUGGCAAAACUACAGCUUUUGAAUGCUUAUCUCACCGAACGGUUAAUGGUAGCUGUAGAUGAGAUCCUGGAGGUGGUCGGCGGAACAGUGUCAGAAUUUGAGGAGGAGACUGUCCGGACAAGGAGAGAGAAUGAACUCCUAAAACGAAGGCUGCGAGAAAUUGGAAUCGACACGGACACGGAGUGGUCGGCAGACUCAACGAGACCCAUCUCUCUGUCUGUGUCUGGGCAGCAACCGUGGUGUUCCGACCAAGGUCUGGACCCUGGGCCUACUCAGACCCAACAGAACCACACACUAACGGGCCAGGAUGAAAGGCCAUCCUCCCCAGGCCAGCUACCCGCUGAUUGCGCUCAGUGGAAAAAUCUGUGUGAGUCUCCCCGUCCCCUCUCCUCACAACAGGCUGACACUUCAGACACCGCCCCACAAGUGGUUUCAAUGACUUCAGCGUCUGUUAAAAGGGACUUGGACGAAGAAGAACAGCAACCGCCUUCAUCGUCAGACCCUUUCAGCAGCGCAUCAUGCGCUGUGGACAAAGUCGUUUUGCGUUAUAACUCUGAGGGUAUCAAAAGUGAGCCUGCAGAAAUCAGCCCUUCUCACUCUGGGUCUGUAAGUGCGCAGAUGGGUUACGGCGAACCAAGCACCAGUUUAGGCCAAGUACCGCCCGCUGUUGAGAAAAGGUACGCUGUUUCUGAUCUGAGUGCCGACCUGGAGUUGGUGGUUGCGGAGAGCAGUAGGUACGGCAGCACCACUGCCACGGUCACUGCGGAACUGGCAUCAGCGAGUUCGGUCGCAAUACCAGACACCUUUUUUCGACAGAUUGGUAGUGACGGUUGUGUAACAAAUGGACCAGAACUAGACUUUGCUGAUGCCGCUGUUGUUUCCGGAGUUCCCCUGGCCUCCCAGUUUUACCCGGGUCCAACUAGACGUCAGCAGCAAACAAACAGACCAACCAAUCGGGGUCGUCAACAAAUAAACCGGUCCAUGAACAACAGGUGUCCACAGCAACCACAAAGCCAGGGGGACCACAGGAGCCACCCUUGCCCUCAGUGUGGCAAGAUAUUCAGUCACGUGUCCCGCCUCAAGAUUCACCUUCGUAUCCACACAGGGGAAAAGCCAUACGUCUGCGCUCUCUGCGGUAAGCGCUUCAACAACGAUGGUACUCUGAGGAACCACCGGCGCGUUCACAUGGAACUACGGCUGUACAGCUGCCCCGUCUGCGGCAUGAGCUUCAAGGACGCCUACACUUGCAGGAAGCACCAGCGUGUUCACAACGGGAUGCGGCCCACUGGUGGCGGGGCCCACACGUGCAGCCUCUGCGGAAAGGCAUUCAGCGACGCGGCCAAGUUGGCCAAACACAUCAGGACUCAUGUGUCGGACAUGGGAUGAGAGUGUUAAGGAUGAGAUCUUCAUGCUGUUGAUAUUGGGGUUUUGAUGGCUGCUUGUUAAUACUAAGUACAUACCUUGGAAUAUAAAUGCCAGUAAAAAAAAACUUGACUUAGUGUGUCUGUGUGUAUGUGUCUGUACCUCUUCAUGGACGCGACAAAUGAAACAGCCUUUCUCCAAUGCAUUUUAAAAGAAAACAGGCAGGUGUAAUCAGCAAUGCGUGAGGAGAGGAGGGGAGAAAAGGCAUCUAAGUGAACAACUGAAGACCUCAGAAAAGAAAGUGAUUAAACAGCUUUCAUUAAGAUUGUUGCCGUGGACUGUUCCAUUGGGCAGCGUCUCAGUCAACUGUAUAAAACAAAUCUCUAUACUCUGAUUUGAUUUGUGAUGGAGUAUUUCUUUUUAGGAUUUCAAAAUAUUUGCUUAUAGACAAUAUGGCCAGAAGUAUGUGGACACCCCUACUAAUUAUUGAGUUCAGGUGUUUCAGACACACCCAUUGCUCACAGGUGGAUCAAAUCCAGCCCAGAGCCAUGAAAUUCUCCAAAGACAAACAUUGGCAAUACAGUGGGUCGUACUGAAGGGCUCAGUGACUUUAAAUAUGGCCCUGUCAUAGGAUGCCAUCACAAUGCCCGUAAGUGAAAUUCAUGCCCUACUUGAUCUGCCCUGGUCAACUGUGCUAUAAUUGUGAAGUGGAAACGUCUAGGAGCAACAACCACCCAGCCACGACCACGCAAAUCUCACAGAGCAGGGCUGCCAAGUGCUUAAGCAUGUAAAAAUCUGCUAAUGUCUGUUGCAUCACUCACCCCAGAAUUCCAAACUGCUUCUGGAAGCAACAUCAGCAACAAGAACUGCAUUGGGAGCUUCAUGAAAUGGGUUUCCAUGGCUGAGCAGCUUUCCGGUCAAGCCUCACAUCAAUAUGCACAGUGCCAAGCGUCGGCAGGAGUGGUGUAAAGCACACUGCCACUGGACUCUGGAUCAGUGGAUACCUUCACUGGAGUGAUGAAUCAUUUUUCACUAUCUGUCAGUCUGUUAUUUGGCGGAUGCCAGGAGAAUGGUACUUACCAGAAUGCCUAGUGUCUACUGUUAAGUUAGGUGGAUGAGGGAUAAUGGUCAAUGUGUUUCAGUGUUUGGUCUAGGCCCCUUAGUUCCAGGGAAGGGUCAUCUUAAUGCUACAGGAUACAAAGACAUUUAAAAAAAAUUGGUUGCUUCCUACUUUGUGGCAACUGUUAGGGGAAGGCCCUUUCCUGUUUUGGCAUGAUUGUGCCCCUGUGCACAAAGUGGGGUCCAUAAGGUCAUGGUUUACCGAGACUGGUUUGGAGGAACUUGAGUGACCUGCACAGAGCCCUGAGCUCAACCCCAUUGAACCCCUUUGGGAUUCAUUAAAAUGUCGAACUUCACGUCCAACUCCAGGGGUGGGGCAACUCUAUAUUAAUACCCAUGGUUUUAGAAUGGGAUGUCCAACAAGCUCCUAUAGGGGUGAUGGCCGGAUAUCCACAUGCUUUUGGUCAUAUAGUGUGUCACGAAUAUUUGAAAUACAUCGGUUUUACUGUUUGUAAAUUAAAGCACUUUUCUUGUCCACCUUGGUUAAAAAGUUAAGUAUUAGGACAAAUUCACUUAGUUUAUGUGUAUUCGUAAAUUUGAUAUUUGUGUUCAUGUUCCAUGAACACAAUGACUUACAAACAUGUCAGUUGCAUUUUGUGGUUGUUUGCCCAAUAUCAACUAAAUACCACUUUGGAGUAUGAAUAUAUGUU